GAGGAGGAGAUAAAACGUGCGGAGGAGAAGAGAGCGAGGGAGCUGUAUAUCUCCCUAGAGCAGGAACAGAGAAGGAGUGAGAAGAAUGACAAGGAAUGGGAGGAGCAACGUAAAUCAACUCUUCCCUGUGUUCUCUCUACAACUGUUUUCCUUUCCAGUGAUCACCUCCUUCUAUUCUCCACCCCUCAUUUUUACUCGAUUUACACCAUCCUCUUAUAUCAUCUCUGUCCCUCCCUAAAUAUCAACUCCAAAGCUUCUGUUGUUUAUCCUCAAACUUUUACAGUUAAGCGCUCUCGUGGAACUACAGGACACAUCUGAUAGUGAAAGUCCAAUGCAAAGUAACUUCCUUAUCAAAUCCUCUCUCUCCUCCAUCUCAUCCCUCCAGUGCGGCGCUCUAAGAUGGCUGACCAGGAGAUGCAGAGAAAAGCGAGGCGGGCGCGGGAUGAGUACAAGCGCCAGUCCCUGCGGGCUAUAGAGAAGGGCCGUGUGGCGGGGCUCAGUGGGCUGUUCCAACAGGGCCCGGUGGUGGGGAACGGACCAACAGCAGCCCCCCUCAGGAGACACAGCACCGUGCUAGAGUCAUCCUCCUCCACCACACAACGCCCCGGCCUCCAUCCUGCUGCUCCUCCACUGUACCGCCGCAGACAGAGCCAAAGACACAGCACCAUUGUCACACAGCCACUGAUGGACAGGUACAGAUAUAGCACUAGCCUACUACUCAUGAAUACAGUGGGGGAAAAUAGUAUUUAGUCAGCCACCAAUUGUGCAAGUUCUCCCACUUAAAAAGAUGAGAGAGGCCUGUAAUUUUCAUCAUAGGUACACGUCAACUAUGACAGACAAAUUGAGGGAAAAAAAUCCAGAAAAUCACAUUGUAGGCUUUUUUAUGAAUUUAUUUGCAAAUUAUGGUGGAAAAUAAGUAUUUGGUCACCUACAAACAAGCAAGAUUUCUGGCUCUCACAGACCUGUAACUUCUUCUUUAAGAGGCUCCUCUGUCCUCCACUCGUUACCUGUAUUAAUGGCACCUGUUUGAACUUGUUAUCAGUAUAAAAGACACCUGUCCACAACCUCAAACAGUCACACUCCAAACUCCACUAUGGCCAAGACCAAAGAGCUGUCAAAGGACACCAGAAACAAAAUUGUAGACCUGCACCAGGCUGGGAAGACUGAAUCUGCAAUAGGUAAGCAGCUUGGUUUGAAGAAAUCAACUGUGGGAGCAAUUAUUAGGAAAUGGAAGACAUACAAGACCACUGAUAAUCUCCCUCGAUCUGGGGCUCCACGCAAGAUCUCACCCCGUGGGGUCAAAAUGAUCACAAGAACGGUGAGCAAAAAUCCCAGAACCACAUGGGGGGACCUAGUGAAUGACCUGCAGAGAGCUGGGACCAAAGUAACAAAGCCUACCAUCAGUAACACACUACGCCGCCAGGGACUCAAAUCCUGCAGUGCCAGACGUGUCCCCCUGCUUAAGCCAGUACAUGUCCAGGCCCGUCUGAAGUUUGCUAGAGUGCAUUUGGAUGAUCCAGAAGAGGAUUGGGAGAAUGUCAUAUGGUCAGAUGAAACCAAAAUAUAACUUUUUGGUAAAAACUCAACUCGUCGUGUUUGGAGGACAAAGAAUGCUGAGUUGCAUCCAAAGAACACCAUACCUACUGUGAAGCAUGGGGGUGGAAACAUCAUGGGGCUGUUUUUCUGCAAAGGGACCAGGACGACUGAUCCGUGUAAAGGAAAGAAUGAAUGGGGCCAUGUAUCGUGAGAUUUUGAGUGAAAACCUCCUUCCAUCAGCAAGGGCAUUGAAGAUGAAACGUGGCUGGGUCUUUCAGCAUCACAAUGAUCCCAAACACACCGCCCGGGCAACGAAGGAGUGGCUUCGUAAGAAGCAUUUCAAGGUCCUGGAGUGGCCUAGCCAGUCUCCAGAUCUCAACCCCAUAGAAAAUAUUUGGAGGGAGUUGAAAGUCCGUGUUGCCCAGCGACAGCCCCAAAACAUCACUGCUCUAGAGGAGAUCUGCAUGGAGGAAUGGGCCAAAAUACCAGCAACAGUGUGUGAAAAUCUUGUGAAGACUUACAGAAAACGUUUGACCUGUGUCAUUGCCAACAAAGGGUAUAUAACAAAGUAUUGAGAACUGUGCUUCCGCAGAGGUAGGGGGGCCAGCAGGCCAGAGGUGGAUGAACGCAAUGCCCUCGUUUGGGUGUAGGGAUUGAUCAGAGCCUGAAGGUACGGAGGUGCCGUUCCCCUCACAGCUUCGUAGGCAAGCACCAUGGUCUUGUAGCAGAUGCGAGCUUCAACUGGAAGCCAGUGGAGUGUGCGGAAGAGCGGGGUGACGUGAGAGAACUUGGGAAGGUUGAACACCAGACGGGCUGCGGCAUUCUGGAUGAGUUGUAGGGGUUUAAUGGCACAGGCAGGGAGCCCAGCCAACAGCGAGUUGCAGUAAUCCAGACGGGAGAUGACAAGUGCCUGGAUUAGGACCUGUGCUUCCUGUGUAAGGCAGGAUCGUACUCUCCGAAUGUUGUAGAGCAUGAACCUACAGGAUUGGGUCACCGCCUUGAUGUUAGCGGAGAACGACAGGGUGUUGUCCAGGGUCACGCCAAGGCUAUUUGCACUCUGGGAGGAGGACACAACGGAGUUGUCAACCGUGAUGGCGAGAUCAUGGAACGGGCAGUCCUUCCUCGGGAGGAAGUGCAGCUCCGUCUUGCCGAGGUUCAGCUUGAGGUGGUGAUCCGUCAUCCACACUGAUAUGUCUGCCAGACAUGCAGAGAUGCGAUUCGCCACCUGGUUAUCAGAAGGGGGAAAGGAGAAGAUUAGUUGUGUGUCGUCUGCGUAGCAAUGAUAGGAGAGGCCAUGUGAGGAUAUGACAGAGCCAAGUGACUUGGUGUAUAGCGAGAAUAGGAGACGGCCUAGAACUGAGCCCUGGGGGAUACCAGUGGUGAGAGCACGUGGUGCGGAGACAGAUUCUCGCCACGCCACUUGGUAGGAGCGACCGGUCAGGUAGGACGCAAUCCAAGAGUGAGCCGCGCCGGAGAUGCCCAACUCGGAGAGGGUGGAGAGGAGGAUCUGAUGGUUCACAGUAUCAAAGGCAGCAGACAGGUCUAGAAGGACAAGAGCAGAGGAGAGAGAGUUAGCUUUAGCAUUGCGGAGAGCCUCCGUGACACAGAGAAGAGCAGUCUCAGUUGAAUCACCAGUCUUGAAACCUGACUGGUUUGGAUCAAGAAGGUCAUUCUGAGAGAGAUAGCAAGAGAGUUGGCUAAAGACGGCACGCUCAAGAGUUUUGGAGAGAAAAGAAAGAAGGGAUACUGGUCUGUAGUUGUUGACAUCGGAGGGAUCGAGUGUUGGUUUUUUGAGAAGGGGUGCAAGCAUUAAAAUGCUUAGGGCAAUCUGUGCUAUAAUUAAGCAAUAAGGCCCGAGGGGGUGUGGUAUAUGGCCAAUAUAACACAGCUAAGGGCUGUUCUUAGGCACGACGUAACGCGGAGUGCUAAGACACAGCCCUUAGCCGUGGUAUAUUGGCCAUAUAUCACAAACUGGUUACCAACGUAAUUAGAGCAGUAAAAAUAAAUGUUUUGUCAUACCGAUGGUAUACAGUCUGAUAUACCACAGCUUUCAGCCAAUCAGCAUUCAGGACUCGAACCACCCAGUUUAUAAUGUGUCUUAAUUUCUUAUUAUGAUAUAUGAUGUGGUUAUGUCUUGCUCCACUCCUCCCUAUCUUCUCCAGUCCUGCCUGGGUGAGAGCUCCCCGGCCCAGCUCCAGAGAAUGUGUUCUGCUGUGGUUCAAAGAGGAGCAGAGGCCCAAACAGGCUGGCUAUGAGCGCAACAGCACCGCCAUCGCCCCCUGGUUCCACGGUCAGUGCUGGGUUGAUCAAUCGUGGAUCCCUCCAAGCUUCCCCUCUUGCACCAAUCUACUUUUCUUCACUACCACUGCCACGUCCAAACUAUCUAACUCAAACGUAUUCUUGCCUGAGUCCUCAGGAAAUGAGCAUUGAAGGAAAGUGUCAGUCUGUUCGUGCACGGUAGGGUGUGUGGCUGAAGGGAUGGGGCUCUUCAAUAAUAAAUAGGCCACCCUAGACUAAUUACUGGCGAGUGGCCCUGAGCCCUAACCCUCUCCAUAAUAGGUCACAGUGAGUAGCUCCUGGUUAAGUGACAGAAGCACAGAUGAAUGGGCCUAUGAGUGGCACACUCCACUGGAAAGAGGGGUGCAACAUGCACUUCAUGCUAUCAUGCAGAGACAGGGUAUCAGGCAUCUAAACAAUGUGAGCACACCCAAACCCACUCUUUAUCUUGAAAAGAUGCCAGUUUGAUACUGUUUUUCCAAAUUAUGCAACUGUCAUAAUUUCUCUCUGUCACUGAGAUUACUUUAGUCAAUAACAACGUUACACAACAUUAAAAGGAAAUAUUCACCCAUUUUAAAUGUUAUAUCGUAUUUGUGCAUCUCCGAGCAAUGUUCUAUCGAUUCCCAGGGUCAACUAUGUUUUCAUGUGUAUCUGAGCUCUUGCCAUUCACGCAGGCAGACAUACAGCCGGUAUGACGUAGCAUUGUGAUAAAGUCGCUCUCACUACACUGGAAGUUAAUAGGAAGAUUAUUUUAGAUAGUGAAAACAUCUAUCAUACAUGUCAGACUUCAAUACUGGCCGAUGUCAUUAUGCGGGAGGUUGUCUUCUCUCGAAUGAGCCAUUGAUCAUAUAUUUGCGAUAUUCCUACCUUGAGAAAUUUGUAAUUUAACAGAGGGUGCACCACAUUUCUCCUAUUUCUCUGCCACUUCAGUCCAGGGUGCAUUGCAUGGUGCUGUUGCAAACGUCAGACUCCACUGCAAAGAACACGAUCUGCAGGUUGAACAUGGUGAGAUUGUAGACUCCUAAAUUGAUAUUGCAGUUUGUUUAGGCGAUUUUACAGAUUUUGGUAUUAUUGUGCGUAGCUAGCCAACCAGCCCAUAGAGAGAGCAUAGCAUUGUGGGUUUUGUAGUCGACUUGAGCUGCAAAAGAUUUCCACAACGAUUUUCACAUGUUGCUACCAACCUUAUUAUAAAGACAAAAUGAAGUAUUUGUUCACAAAAAAUAUUGUUCUCGCAUAUUAGUGUAAUUUAACACAAAAUUGUAGGAAUUUGUGGUUUCGGGUGGAUUUUUCCUUUAAUCAUUUAGGGCAAUUAGUUUUUUUUGGUCCUAAUGAGAGGAAAUUCAACAAUAUUGUGCAAGGACCUUGGGCUUCUCUUUGCUUUGGAUUUAACUACUGUCAGACUCUCCCUCCUCCUGACCUCAGGUCUGAUUUAACCACCAUCAGACUCUCCCUCCUCCUCAGGUCUGAUUUAACUACUGUCAGACCCUCCCUCCUCCUGACCUCAGGUCUGAUUUAACUACUGUCAGACUCUCCCUCCUCCUGACCUCAGGUCUGAUUUAACUACUGUCAGACUCUCCCUCUUCCUGACCUCAGGUCUGACUUAACUACUGUCAGACUCUCCCGCUUCCUGACCUCAGGUCUGAUUUAACUACCGUCAGACUCUCCCUCCUCCUCAGGUCUGAUUUAACUACUGUCAGACUCUCCCUCCUCCUGACCUCAGGUCUGAUUUAACUACUGUCAGACUCUCCCUCUUCCUGACCUCAGGUCUGACUUAACUACCGUCAGACUCUCCCUCUUCCUGACCUCAGGUCUGAUUUAACUACCGUCAGACUCUCCCGCUUCCUGACCUCAGGUCUGAUUUAACUACCGUCAGACUCUCCCUCCUGACCUCAGGUCUGAUUUAACUACCGUCUGACUCUCCCUCCUGACCUCAGGUCUGAUUUAACUACUGUGAGACCCUCUCUCCUCCCCAGGUCUGAUUUCCAGACAGGAGUCAGAGACCCUGCUGAUGAAUGCAGCGGACGGCUCCUUCCUGGUGAGGGUGAGUGACAGGAUCUGGGGCUACACGCUGUCCUAUCGCACGGCCGACGGCUUCAAACACUUCUUGAUCGACGCAUCAGGAGACUACUACAGCUUCCUGGGUGUGGACCAGAACCGCCACGCCACCCUGGCUGACCUCAUCGACUUCCACAAGGUGGGCAGGCAGUUUACAGUAUGUACAGGGUUUCACACAGUGAACUGCAGGGGUUGGGUCAGAUACUUAGCAUGCUAUAUACAUCAGUAAUGUCAGUGUUCUGCAGUGAUGUUAGUCAGCAUAGAGACUCCAUGUGGAAAUCAGAUUAAAUGGUUACUUAGUAACUCAACAUCAAAGUGACAGCCAUCAAACAUCUGGGAGUAAGUCUAAUCUAAUGCUCCAUGAUAUACAUCCGUGAUCUUUUCUUAUCACAACUGAUUUAGCAACCAAUCAAAAGCACGGCUGAACUACGUUAUCUUCAAUAAUACUGCCUUACUUAACAUGGAAACAUAUUUCUCGGAAGCGGAGGCUGACAGAACUGAAUGUGUGAACUGUGAAUCUGUGACAUGAGUUAUAUGCUAAUGUGAAAAGACGGGUGAACGUUGGUCUCCAGGAAUUUGCAUGUCUCUUUGGCAUUACACACACAUACAGUAUAAGGAGUCACUGUGUACUGAUCAGAUAAAGAGCAUCUGGAAACUGCUGGGGGAGGAAUACUGACAGUUUGAAUAUGAUUCACCACAGAUCACCACACUGACUCUGGAAAAUCGGAACAUAAAACCAUCCUAUUACUAUAUAGAUACAUAAUAUGCAAGCAGUAUACACCAACAGACAAAACAUUUUACAUUACAUUUUAGUCAUUUAGCAGACGCUCUUAUCCAGAGCGACUUACAGUUAGUGAGUGCAUACAUUUUUCAUACUGGCCCCCCGUGAGAAACGAACCCACAACCCUGGCGUUGCAAGUGCCAUGCUCUACCAACUGAGCAACAGGGGACUACAGUUCGACAGCUGUUGAUAAGAAUGUAUAGCACAGACAUAUGAGACCAGUCAUAGGGUAUGUUCUGAUGAUCUGUUGGUCUGUCUGUCUCUAGGAGGAGGUGAUCACCACAUCAGGAGGAGAGCUUCUUCAGGAGGCAUGUAAAUGGACAGUCUCAGCCACGGACUAUGGGGGGCUCUUCCAA